UGGUUCUCUAUUCUAAUUAUCCCUUCAGGCUCAAUAUGCAGCGGAAGGUGCUGCAGCAAUGCCACCGAGGAUGAACUCAUGGUGAAGUCAACGAAUAAUUUCAAGCAAAUUCUUCGGCAUCACACACGAAGUCUCAGAGGAAUUCUCGAGUCAACAGCAACCAUCUUUAGAGAAAAUGUAAUACAAUUGUCACUUCAAUCAGAAAACAAGACACUGAACUUAUUCAACCAAGUUUACCGGCGGAUGUCACCUUUUUCGCGACAGCCAAUAUCAGACUUAUACCAGAGCAUCAGAAGUCACAUAUCACCAAAUUCCUUCACAGACAACCUCGAUAUUGAGAAGGUUGUCACGAAUUUCUUCGUGAGUAUGUUCCCCGUGGCAUAUCAUCAUGUUGUGCACGCUGAGAGUGACACGCACAGCAGUGAUUUCCACGUGGAUUACAAAAAUUGCCUCAUGCACACCUUUGAGGACAUUCAGCCCUUCGGGGAUAUCCCGCGUACCGUGGCCAGGGGUCUGCAGCAGAGCGUGGGUGCGGCAACGGUGUUUGUUCGCGCCUUGGAUCGCGGUGCGGACGUUCUGGCCAGCACGGAGGAAUUGGAUUCGGAAUAUUUGACGCACAAGUGCAAAAUGCACCUCCUCAAGAUGAGCUACUGCCCCGAGUGCAGAGGUGUGAUCAAGGGACGUGUGAAGAGUUGCUACAGUUACUGCAUCAAUGUAAUGAGAGGCUGCCUCACACAGUACGUGGGAAGUUUGGAUAGUCCCUGGACAAGCUUUGCUGAGUCCAUGGAGCGCCUACUUGGGUUGGUGCGGUCAAAGGAGGGAAUUGAGACUGUCAUUAAGACGCUGGAGCUGAAACUUUCGGAAGCCAUCAUGCACGCCAUGCAGAAUGGACCAGAGUUGGAGAAGAAGGUGAAGAAAGCUUGUGGGACACCAACUCUCCUGCCAAAUGAGAAAUCACCCAUCCCCGACGAUCGUGUCCAACAGAGUGGAAUGCCGCAGAAAUGGGUUUCACCACCGGAUACGGACAUGCUUCAUUUUCUCGUUACCAUCGACAAGUCCAAGGAGUUUUACUCCAAGAUUGUCACGAGCAUCUGCGAGGAUGAGGAGUACGAACGAGAGGACAAGGGAUGCUGGACCGGAGAGAAGAUCGGGGAGUACACGCAUGGGGUGAUGCCAACGGGCGCUAAUUCGCAAAAGUACAACCCUGAGGUGCCAUUGGAGAAUCCCUACCGUGCCAAUACCAAAAUAAACGAAUUAGUCGACAAAUUAAUCAAUUUGCGCCAAACUGUGGCAAAUGCGAUAAGUCAGCACUCUAAUCACAUCGACUCGGACAAGAUGCAGUCAGAUAUGGCAGAAGGAUCUGCCAUGUGGAACUCUGACAAUACAGACGACAGCGAUCUCGAUGGGGUUGAAGGGUCAGGAUCUGGUGAUGGAGGCAUUUACGGUCGUGCUGGGGAUGUUCCCUUCGACACUACCCGAUCCCCAGCCAUGCAUCCAGGUCCAGGUGCCUCACCGACUGGAUCUGGGGAUUCGGUGCGAAUCUCGUGCCUCCUUGUGGUGUCUCUCGUUAGUUUUGUUGGCCUCGCAGCCAGCAAUCACUGAAGAUUGUCCCGUGCCGUGUGACGAGUCUCUUGCAGAGGAAUCCCUCUCCUCGGUGUCCUCCACUAAGUCAUGAUCGCCAUGGGAGAAGCCGAGGAGAUUUUCCUGGAUUCAUGUGCAUCAUUAAAAAAAUUUCUCUGACUGUCCCCCGCUCCCCUAUCAUCAAUGUGAAUUUUCUCUUGUAAUUUUUCCCGCGUGCACAAAUAUUUUAAGAGAGGAAAGUGUUUGAAAUUAAAUUCGAAAGCAAUAUUUUCUUUUUUUAUUCUAAUUUUAGAAUUUUUUGGGCUUUAAUUUUUGUUUUAAAAAAAAUUGCAAAAUAGAUUUUUUUUAUAAAAAAAAAACAAUUUUUUAAUCAGAAAACAUUCAAAUUGAUUUUUUUUUAAUUAUUAAAAAAGAAAAAUUUGCCGGGAAAGAUCACAUGGAACUUCUUCAGGCCAAUAUUUAGAGAUGAAGGAGAACAAAAGAAAAUAUUAUUUGAAGGAUGCAAAGGAUGAAAAAAAUAUCGUGUUACGUUUACAAUAUAGGCAAGAAAACAAUAUUCAAAAUGAAAAGAAAAUAUCUUAUAAAUGUAAUAAAAUAAAGAAAAAAAUUAAUUUAUUAAGUGUAAAUAGGACACAAUCAGUGGAAUGUCAAGGAGGGACAGAGAAACAUUUUAGUCCUUUUUCAGUGUGUGAGACGAGACCGCGUGAAGAUGCCUAAAAAUUGCUGCUAAAACGUGUGAAUGCUGCGUGUGAAGAUGUGCACAAAAAAAAAUUCCAAAAUUUGUCCAAAUUGCAAUACAUAUUUUUGUUUGUUUUAAUAAUUAAUUUAUUUUUCUAAAUUCUUGCAUUUCGCCAUUUCUUUUGUCAUUUAUUAAAAAAAAAUUGAAUAUAAAGAAAAAACUAAAAAUAAAAAAAAAUCAUUUGAUCGCCCUCCUUUGUGAAUGAUUGCGAUUGGUUGAUUAAUAAAACUGUGAUUGAGAUAAAACUAAUUUUUAACCUAAAGAUUAUGAGAAAAAAACUAUAUAGGGAAAAUCUAUGAGAAAAGAAUGAAAAAAAAAAAGUUGAAAAAAAAAUGUUAGUGUGUAUAGAAAGUAUUUUCCUAUUUAAGUUAAUAAUUAUAUAAUUAUAUUAUUAUUUUGCAGAUGAAGAAUUAAUUAUCACAAAAAGAAUGAAAAAUAAUUAUCAAUUUCUCGUGUAAUUUUUUCAUAAAGAAAUUCUUUUAAAAAUGCAUUUAUUUCGUAUGGAAAAAAGCAGAAAAAAUAUCCCGAAUGUUGUUGAAUAAAAAAAAAGAGUCAAAGAAAGGUAAAAUUGUUGAUAAAAUCGUAUACAAUUUGCACUGUAAGUUUGUUGAUAGGAAAUGAAAAAAAAUAAGAAAAUGGGAAGAGCGUGAAAAUUGGUUUCAAAUUGUUUUUCUACUUAACGAGAGUCUCUAAAGAAAAUUUCAAAAUGGCGCCAAAACAGUAAUGUCAAAAUUUCCAACAUGGCGUCUUCUAGACAACUAGGAUUCUAUUAAAAAAAAAGGAAAAUUUAAUCAAGUCGAAGCCAAUUUAAUAAAAACUCGUAAAUCCCAUGGAAAAUCUGCCUGAAAAUUCCACUCCAAAGUGGAAAAUAAAGGAAAGAAAAUGAAGAAUAUUAAGCACGAAAUUGAGUUGCCGAAGUUAAGAGGAAGAAGAAGAAGAGUGACUUGUGAAGCCAUAUAGUGUAAAUAUUAUAUUAUAUUAAUUAUUUUUGUUGAACAUACAAAACAUGAAAAAUCCCAUGGAAAAACUGAUAAAUAUGAGCAAAAAAAUUAACUCUCGCUUCUCUAAAAAAAAACACAGAAUUUGUACAAUAAACAUAAUGUAUGAUGACAUUUAUUAAUGUCCUACAAUUUAUGAUUUUCAAAUAGAGAUUGAUGAAAAACCA